AGAAACUGCAAAGAGGCGGAGAAAAGAGCUGAAAAACACACAGGUAGAUCUCACAAACCCGCUUCUAGUGCCUCAAAGAAACACGAUACAAAAACUUUGACAUCACCUGCCAGAAUAUUUUUUGGAGAAAGUUUAGGAUUGAGAGAGGAGUUUUGAUUUGUGGGGAAAAGCCUCCGUCGACUUUUCUGGAGGUUUCAGCGCCAACAUGGAUCACUUGUCUCGGGCGUAUAAAAUUUAGGUGUCAACUAGCCUACCGGAUAUCUGACUAAUUUGAUUAACGGCGGGUAGGUCGGGUGAUGCUGAUGGACCAGGACACUCAGUGGCUGUACCAUCUCCUGGUAGAGGUCCAGUUGGAGAAGUUCUACAUGCGCCUCAGAGAUGGCCUCAACAUCACCCGCAUCGAGCACUUCAACUACGUCAAGGAGUCCGACCUGGAGCACAUAGGAAUCAGCAAACCUGCACAAAGAAGAUUAUGGGAGGCUUUGAAACGCUACAAGACAAAUGCUCGAGGACGGCCGGGGGUGGCCAAGGUGGCAAGCUCUCGAGAUACGGAAGGAGGGGAUCAGUGGAGAGGGGGUGGUCCGGUUCAGGAAGUUAGCCGGGCUCUUCCCAGUCUGAUCCAGGACAGCGAGCUGAUUCUGGCAGAGAAGCUGGGCUCCGGCUCCUUUGGGGUGGUGAAGAGGGGGGAGUGGCACACGCCUAAUGGGAGAGUGUUACCUGUAGCAGUAAAGUCACUGAGGAGCAGCAUGUCCAGGCAGACAGAGACACUGACAGACUUCCUCCAAGAGGUGACCAUCAUGCAAUCCCUGGACCACCCCAACAUCAUCCGGCUUUAUGGUGUGGUGCUCACACAGCCCCUCAAGAUGGUAACAGAGCUGGCCCCCAUGGGCUCACUAUACGACACCCUGCGCUCCCGUCAGUUUGAGUACCCUCUGGUGCGUCUCUGGCUCUUUGCUACCCAGAUCGCAGCGGGUAUGGACUAUCUGGAGAUGAGGAGAUUUAUCCACAGAGACUUGGCUGCAAGAAAUGUCCUGCUGUCAUCCAGGGAGAUUGUGAAGAUCGGAGACUUUGGCUUGAUGAGAGGCCUGAGCCAAGAGACGGACCACUAUGUGAUGAAAGCACACAGGAGGAUACCAUUUGCAUGGUGUGCUCCAGAGAGUCUCCGGGUCGGCUCCUUCUCCCACUCCUCUGACGUGUGGAUGUUUGGCAUCACCCUGUGGGAGAUGUUCACCUACUGCGAGGAGCCGUGGUUCGGGCUUUCAGGCAGACAGAUUUUGUGGCGUGUGGAGCGGGAGGGGGAGCGUCUGGAGAAACCGCCGGAUUGCCCCCAAGAACUGUACGCCGUCAUGAGGAAGUGCUGGGCCUGCAAUCCUGCUGACAGACCCAACUUCGCACAGCUCAUCACUAUGGCGUCAGAGGCUAAACCAAUGGAAGUGCAAGCAACCAGAGACUUUGCUGAACCCAGAAAACUUGCACUUGUGCCCAACGACCUUGUGACCGUCAUAGACCAUGGUCUGGAGCUGUGUGAGUGGAAGGGUCAGAACCAGAGGACCCUGACAGUGGGCUGGUUCCCUGCCAGUCUCACCGUGCCGUCACUUCCUGCCGCCCCCCCUUCUGCUGCUGCUGCCAACAACAAUGGAUCCAACCCUACUUCCACCCCUUACAUCUCAACCCCGCUGAGAGGCAGCCUGCAGCAUGUCGCUCAUGGAGACAUCAAACCUGAGUUCUGCAGGGGGACACCUGAGAACCUGGACAACAGCGGCAACUGGAGGAUAGGCCCCGGCAGGGAGAAGGAGGGCUCCAAUCUGCAGAAUAUGGCAGGUAUGUCUCAUAGUUUAGAGUCCGUUAUGAGUGGAUCCCGCUCCCGAUCUCACACUGUGGGCGCGCUCAGAGUGGAUCAGCACGGCAGACUCAUGCCCCCAGCUCACAAUGUGUUGAUACAGCAGGACCCCCGGCGCUUCAGCGAGGCCAGCGUCAACCCGCCUCCACGCCCCCCGCCCCCCAACCCCAACCGCUUCAACAUGAAACCUCAGAGGAAACCCCCAAUCCACCCAGUACCGGGCACCACAUGGCCUCCCCAGGUGAACGUGGUCCCUCCAUCCCAGCCUCCAGCUCAACCCCCACCCCCACAGGGCAUCGGAGGCACCAACCUGGUCAAGAUGAGCCAGUUGGCACGCUCCACCCCCCAGCUAGAUGAUUACCCUGACAGAGGGAGAGAGAGAGACAAGUCCACUCAUGUGCAGAAUACAAGAGAAAGUCUCACCGCACAGGUUAUGGAGGCAGUUCACGGAGUGACCCUUGAAGAGGUUCAUGUUGCCCUUCACCGUAGUGACUGGAACCCGCUGCGAGCUGAGCAACAACUCAAGUUGGAGCAGUUGUACUCGCUGAGCCUGUGCUCCAGAGAGGACUGUCUGAGGGUCCUCUCCAGAUACCAGUGGAACCUGCAGCUGGCCAGCAGAUACCUGAUCCGUUGGUCCCGGGACGACAGACCGGGCCCCGGGGACAGGGAGCGACCGCAAAUAAGCGCAGAAAGGCGCGUCUAAAGUGUUCUUUAUUGGCUGAUUUUACCGUUGAUUUUCCUGAGAUGGUUUACUUUUUCAGCAAUAAUGCUGGCACUGGAAGCUGCCAAAAAAACCUUUCAUUGACCACCUCGAUGUGGGAACAGAUAGGAGGUCAUAUAAAAGUGAUGGUCUUUCAAUGGAAAAUGGAAAAAUUAAGCAGAAAUUGGCUCACUGUUUUUGUAUUUGAAUGAUACUCUCCAGCAGCACAUUUUGUGAACAUAGUUUUUUGUAUCUUAAUGAAUGUGUACAUAUUGUAUUAGAAAUUAUUGUUUUAUUAAAUAAAAUGAUUGUUGUCUUUGUACUCAG